AGUCUGCAUCAUUUAAGUUGAGAGAUCGUCCUAAGAAUGACACGUAUUUCGAUUUCGGUAUUGUCUGCAAUACUUAUACAACUUUUCACGAAAAGUUGCCAAGGAUUAACAAAUGACAUCAUAAAUUCGGAUGCCAACUCAACCAUUCAACCAGUUAGAACUACUACCGUUGAGACACCGGCAAGUAAAUCGCCAUCCUUCGUGGUGUCUUUACAGAAGUAUACUGAAGGGCAUUACGAACAUAUUUGUGGGGGAGCUAUAAUCGAUGAACAGUUCAUGAUCACAACCGCUCAUUGUGUUCUAAAGCCCGUUGUUUUAUUUAAGAGUCGUCUGUCUGUGGUUGGUGGGUCAACUCAAAUAUUUGGUAAAGAUUCAAUUCGUUUUCGUGUGAUUGGCAUGACAACGCAUCCGAGAUUUAAAUUUCUCAAGGGCUAUGAUAUUCUCGUUAUACGAGUGUCACCCAAAUUUCCUAUAGAUGGGAAACGAUUUAGCAUAAUAAACUUUAAGGAUGCCAAGAGACGAAGCACUGGUCUGGAUGCCGUCCUAUUAGGCUGGGGACGCCUUGGUAAUAGGCCAUAUAAGCCCAAAAAUUUGGAAUCUAUACCGUUUAAAACUAUAGAUAAUCGAGUUUGUCUACAGACAUAUCGUUUUAAAUACCUCACCGAGACGGAAAUUUGUGCAGUUCAUUCAAAUCCAAAGAUCGGACUACGAGGAGCCUGUGAUGGUGAUUCGGGUGCACCUUUAGUGGAUCUGAACAAUAAUAUUAUAUACGGACUCCUGUCAUACGGGCGUAGAGCUUGUCAACCACAGAAACCUUAUGCCUUUACCAGGAUAAGUGCACAUGUGAAUUGGAUACAGCAGCAAAUGGCCAAUUUGAUGAGAAAUUCAGGCAAAUGAAAUAAAAUAAAUGCAAUAUUUUAA